AUACAAACAUCUUCAAGAUGCCAAGAAUUCUCAAGUUCGAAUUCCUCAUAACCCUUUUCGUUUUUCUUGGUUCAUUCUUUAUAACAACUGCUCGGCCAUUGGAUAUUUUGAAUACCAUUAGCUGCUCUGACUAUAAUGAUGUAUUUUUCAACCGUUUUUCUUUGGGUGCUAUCAAAGACGGACCAAGUCCUGGAGUCGGACAUGGGUUCACCGACAAGGCUACGCUUGGAGGAAUCAAGGAAGGACCAAGUCCUAGCAUCGGACGUGGGUUCACCGACAAGGCUACGCUUGGUGGAAUCAAGGAUGGACCAAGUCCUGGCAUCGGACAUGGGUUCACCGACAAGACUACGCUUGGUGGAAUCAAGGACGGACCUAGUCCUGGAGUUGGACACAAGUUUACGUUGGGAGGAAUUAAAGAUGGACCAAGCCCUGGAGUAGGACACAAGUUUGUAAACGUUGACUUGCUUGGAGAACUUAAGAACUCAGGUCCAAGUCCGGGUGCAGGUCACUAGUGCAAUCGAUCAUUCAAGAAAAUGGUUGUGGUUUAUUUCUCAUACAAACAACAUUCAUAUUCUUUUUAGUAGUCAAAAUAUACAUUUUAUCAGUAAUAAGACUCAACUCACAAGCAAUGAUUUAGUUCAGUUGAUAUUACUUAGAUCGAAAUAAUUGAUUUUGAUCGUCACAUUAUA